AUGGAUACCAACAACCCCUCCAACUCUGGGGAGGAGCGAUCUAAAGGUGAAAGGCCAUCAACACAACUACUACCUCCGGCAAAGAGGGUGAAAACCAGCUCUAUGGACUCUAGCUUCCCAGUCCUCCUGCCAGAAGACCCAUGCAUACGGAUGUCUGACGCAGAGUUUGAGGCGCAUAUCUUCAAAACCCUUCCCGCUCUCGCUGGCGUGGAGAAUGCUGUGCGCAAUUUGCAAAUUGAUACAGGCAAAGACCCCGACUCGGCGGAUGCGGAGACAACAAAGUCAAACACAACUGGCAACUCUUUCGUCGAUGCCCUUGACCGCGCCGCUAUAGACCCUACCGUCAGCGAAGAAGCCCUGAAAGCCGAAAUGGCGCGGAGAAAUCGCAUGUUGACGACAAACAACGGGAUGGCAUUUGCGUCAACACAGUCCCCUUUGCUGGAACUGUUUAAUUACGUUGACGGUGAUGACAGUGAUGGCGAUCGCGACGACAGUGACACCCUAUCACUAGCGGCAAUGCUUGAGCAGUCAUGGCAGGCCGAUUCGUUGAUGACGCUCAAAAUUAUUUGGGCGGUCCGCAGUAUUCAUUUGGGGAAGGGGGAUAAAACUAAGUUUUAUCAGCAGCUAGGGUGGCUGGGCCAGUACCAUCCACGAACACUUUUGCGAAAUUUGAAGUGGCUCUACAGACCUGUGGUUAAAAAGGACGCGAAGGAAAGGGAGGGUGAUGAACAGGUUGUUGUUGAGAAUGUUGGUGAGGGGGAUGAAAAGGACACGGUGGAGGUGGAUGAUUAUGGUGUUAUCCACAGCGGCUCUCAUGGAUAUUGGAAAGACUUGCUCAAUAUUUUGGUCCUAUCGGUGGAGGGGAAACUGGACAUGAGCAAUCCUGACCGAGUACUGUUGGUGGAUCAUCGAGUUCCGAGGAAGCUGGACGGCACACGGCCGCUGAGAACGGAAACGGGUGGUCGGUACAGAAGAGGGGCAAGGGCAGAUGCCCAAAAGGAAAAAAACAAGUCCCCCGCUGAACUCGAGCUUGAACAGAAAGCGGUAUCCAGGGCUGAAAAAGCGAGGCGCCGUGAAAAAGUCCUCAACCGCCUCGCCACCGAUCCUUUUCACCGCGCCCUCCACUUAACCGUUGCCCGGCUCUUCGCCGAACAGCUACGGAAGGAUAUGCUCCUCCUUGAAUCCGGCACCAAGAACAGCAAUAAAGCAGCGCUCCGUGAAAUCUCCCUCUGUGCAAAAUGGGCUCCUUCUCUAGAACGUUUUCACGACAAAUACACCCUCAUCGCCUCCACAAUAUCGGAGCUCCUCUUCCCUAAAUCCGCGCUCGGGCCUAACCCCGACUCUACAGGUACCCAAUCGCACUCUCGAGAAGUCUACCUCAAGCGUGCUCGUGAAAACUACCGCGCCCACACCCUAUCCCCGCUUCGCAAAGCUCUUGCUAUCGUCGAACGCGACAUCUCCGCCAAAACUUUCUCAAACAUUGAAUAUUCCAAAGUCCCCUCCCUGGCCAUGAAUCAAUACAAGGGCCUCUUCCAGAAAAAAGACACUGAGCGUUUCAAGUGUUACAUCGAGGCCGUGCAGAAGGGUGAUGCUAAAAUCUCCGGCGCCAUCCUGACCCCCGGUUUACUUGUGAAAGAAGUUUGGCCACACAAUUCGGGAGUUGCAUCUGACGAUUACGGCGUCGCAGAUGCGCAAUGGAAGACGCUAGUGCAGCGCAUCAAGGACUCUGGGACCCUUAGUAGUGCUAUAGCCCUAUGUGACGUUAGUGGCUCUAUGGAGGACCCGCUGGAUCGACACAGAAUAGGACCACUACACAAUGCCAUUGGCCUCAGUCUUGUGAUGGCUGAAGUAACCAAACCGCCGUUUGGAGGGCGGAUUAUCACCUUCUCAGAAGAGCCUAAGAUACAUAUUAUAAAUGGCAUGUCUUUGGCGGAGCGCGUGGAAAACGUACGCACUGUGCCGUGGGGGCAAAACACGGACUUUAUCAAGGUGUUUCGGGACUUGCUAUUGCCCCUGGCGGUGGAGAAUAAGAUUCCGCCAGAAGAUAUGGUCAAGACGGUGUUUGUGUUUAGCGACAUGGAGUUUGAUGAGGCACAGUGUGACUGGGUUAGGGACGCGGAAAGUGGGGCGCAAUGGCAGACCCAUCACCAGAUUGUCGAGCGGGAGUUUAGGAAGCAUGGGUAUGAGGUGCCUCAGUUGGUCUACUGGAACCUAGCGGCGAGAGCAGGGGCGGUUCCCGUCACGUUCGAGAUUCAGGGGACGGCGUUGGUGAGCGGGCAGAGUCAGGCAUUGAUGAAGGUGUUUUUGGAUGGUGGGAUGUUUGGAGAGGAGAAGGAGGAGGACGUGGGAGAAAAACAGGAUGAGGUGGAAGGUGAUGGGGAUGGGGAGUGGGCAGUUGUUCAGAAAGAGGCAAAGAAGAAAACGAAGAGGAUAGAUCCGAUGAAGAUUCUUCGAAAGCUUGUUGGGCAUGAAGCGUUUGAUAUGUUGCGAGUGGUGGAUUGA